UGCUGUAAAUAAUGACAGCUUUGCCAAGCAACUGGAGCCGCUUGACCAAAAAUGGUGGAUUGCUUCCGGGAGAAAUACGAUCAUGUUUUUGGCUUCAUGCAUGGUAUCUUCAUGAUUCUUCUAAAAAUAUAAGCUCAAUCGUGUAUUAUGGAUUCAGGCUAUGUAAAACAAACUUACCGGUACAUGUAUGAUGUUUGAGAGAAGAUAGAAAAAACACUAAUUCUUAGCUAGGAGACCACACCAUCGCCAUGGCUACUGCCGCUCAGAAAUCAGCCAAUAAGAAAAAGAAGGCUUUACCUCGAGUAGCGCCAACACUAGACCCAAAAGCAGAGAUAGAGAGACCCCCGUCGGUAGCAUCACACAACUCAUGGUUAGCAGAAAACAUUGACGGUGGUGAAGAGGUUGACAGAGUAUCAACUCCAGUACAACAUCUAACACCUGUAUCAGGAAGCCUUACAUCAGUCAGAGAAUUUGAAAAUGAUGGCCGGACAAAUGAAAAUCGUCCAGUUUCACCGAGGGCCACUAUCCCAGGAAGUAGGCCAAUCUCACCGCGGGCCCCUAGCCCUGGGAACCUGUUGGAUAGGCCCACAACUCCAAGCAGUGGAAGAUUAAGUCCUCUGGAUGGCAUUAUGGGUAAAAAGAAGUCAAAGGUCAUGCCCACAGAGGAGGAACUGCCAAACGCUGAUUUGAUGCGUCGUACUCCAGAGCCUAUGGAAGCUUGGAGUGAUCAAAGCAUGGCUGACCUCAACGAUGAUACAGGACGUCAUCGUCCCAAAACUGCGAAGAAUACCCGAACCAGCUCUAGGACACGCACUCCUGGCGAGGGAGGACACUCUGGAAGUGUUCCAAGCAUGCACUCUGUCAUCAGCGUCAAGGAAGCAUCAGAGGACCACAGGAUGAACGGUGUCACAGAAGGUCAUAGGUCACCGGCUCUUAUGCCAUCGACGAGUGCAAGGCAUGAAGAAGACAAUCGUAGCCUUGUGUCCACGACAUCUCGUUCCCGUAUGAACCCUCCUCAGAUGGAACACGAGCAGCAAGCUUACGUCCCAUUUAUCUACGCAAGGGACUGCAUUGCGAGGGUGAUGGAAGAUAUGAAGAAGAUGAAGGGCAAUCACAUCCGCAUAGUUCAUGAAAUUCAGGACAACUACAGACAGAUUGAAGAUCAAACACAGGAUCAAUUCAAUGUGUUUGUCAUCAAUCUGAGAUCUCAGUACAAAGAAAAGGUCGUGACCUUCAGACAGGUGAUCGAAGUGCAUCGGAAGGAACUAGACAGUCACAAAUCAUACUGGGAACAAACUCUGACGAGUUUGAGUCAACGAAACAGAGAAUUAAUGAAAGAGAAGAAGAGAUUGCUUAUAAUCAACAAGGUUGAGAUCGAAAGGCUGGAAAAAGAAAAGGAAGAAUUAAGAAGUUCCUUGACUCAUCAAACAGAUAAAGAACACCAACAGGUCACUGCCACCAAGAAGGAAUUAGAGGAAUCAAAUGAAGAAAAGAAGAUCAUCCAAGAUGAGCUUCAGAGUGAGAAGGAGGAGGUGAAGCGACUUCGUGCAGAACUUGAGGCAUUGAAGUCCUCCUCGGGAGAUACGGUGGUGCCAGUCGUUGCAGGAGUCGAGAGGUCCUCAUCAAGGUCCUCAACGAGGGUAGAUGUUGCUCCUGUUCCAGUGGUCAUGGGUGGAGGCGGUCUCGGGGAAGAGGAGAGGCAGCGACUUCAAGAUGAGAAGGCAGAGAUGCAAGAGAAAUAUAUUGAAUCACAGAAGGAAUAUGUAAUACUGCAAAACAAGUAUGCCUCGCUGGAAGCCCAGUUUCAGAUGGUUGCCAAGGUAGCAUCGGAUGGUAACAAGAUGGAUGAUCAGAUAGAGAGUCUGAAGAACGAUCAAGAAACGAUGAGACAGGAGGAGGAGGAGUUGACGGAAGAGAUUAGCAAAUGGGAGGAGGAUUUCAAAGAGAAGAAUGGCAGGGAGCCGACAGAGGAGGAGACGCCUAUGAGUGUGAGAGAGUUACAGACCCAACUAGAUGAGGUCCAGAACAUGCAGUCUGACCUAGGGUCAAAGGUCACGACCCUGACCGCUAUCAAGGAAGGUAACAUCCCUGAGCCAGAACCUGUCAGUGCCCCAGAACCGAUCAUCAAAACUGUAGAGGUGACAGUGCCCGAUCCAACAACAGUAGCAGCCCUUGCUGUAGCGCAAAAGAGAAUAGCAGAGCUUGAGGCUCAGGUAACGGGACUGGAGAAAGAGAUCAAGAAGGCAAAGAAGGAGAAAACGAGCGUGACAAGAUCUAAGAAGGAUGACAAGGAAGAGAGAAAUCUGAGAUUAGUUCUUCAAGCAGUUCUUAAACAGGUACAUGAAAUAAAUGAUGAAGAAAUCACGCCAAAGGAAAGAGUAGCAACGAGACUGGAAGAAGCUGAGCUUGCCAAACCUGGCUUGCUAGAACAGAAAGAUAAAGCCAAAGAAGAUCCAGAUGGAAGCGACUCUCUCACUGCAGCCAGUCAGCAGGUUCUUUCCAACGAGAUGGAUAUCCUAGCUCUUGGUAUGAUACAGACUGGAGCGAUACCUGAUGAGCUUGGUGGGAUGAUAACACCACAAGUUAUCGUUGCUGGAGGUGGAGGAGAAGGAGGUGUCUCCAGUGAAGAGAUGGAGGAGCUGAAAGCCCGCAUCACGGAGCUCGAGGAGGAGAAUGAGUCCCUCACAGACUCCAACAAGGAGCUGGAGGACGCCAAGGAGGAUAUGGAGGAGAAGAUAGAGGAUCUGGAGGCUAAGAUUAAGGAGCUUGAAGAAUCAGGAGGAGCUGCUGGAAGUGGAGCCGCUGCAGCUUUAGCCAUGGCUAAUCUUGACCUGGAUGAUGAUGAUAUGGAAGGUAUGAGUGGUCAGGUGACUGCCCUUCAAGUGAAGAUGGACAGCCUGGAGAAGGAGCUCCAGAAGGAGAAAGAAGCCCAUUCAAAGACCAAGGAGGAGGUAGAGUCCCUCGAGGAGGAGAUCGAGAGACUCAAGGCGGAGAAGGCCGAUGACUCCGCCGGUGGGGAUGCGAAGGUGGAAGCGGCUAAAGCAGCAUUGGUCGCAGAGAUGGCCCUGCAGACCAAGCAAAUUUCUGAUUAUGAGAAGAAAAUUGAGGCAUUGGAACAGGAAAAGUUGAAGAAUGUCCCACCUGACACUGCCAAAGAGAUAAACAGUCUGUACGACAGAGUGAGAGAGUUAGAGAGAGAAAGGGAUGCUGCUCAGAAGGAGGCCAUAGCCAAAACAGCAGAAGCAAAUAAGAUCAAUGUGGACUUUGUCAGUACGCAGAAGUUCUUAGAGAAAGAAAGGGAGGCCAACAAGAAACAUCAGGCAACACUGAAGGCCAAGAUGGCUGAGAAAGACAAGCAUGCCAAGGAGCUAGUAGCGAACACAGAGAAGAAAUACAAUGAAAGGCUCGAGCAGAAUAAGAACCAGAUCACUGUCCUGGAGAAGAAGGUCAAAACUCUCUCAGCAGUUGGAGCAGGAGCAGGGGCCAAGGCUGGAGCAGCCAAGAGCGAUGCAAAGACAGAGAAGAAGAUCCAGAUGCUGCAGGAUCAGAAUGCGGCUCUCAAGAAGCAGGUCCAAGAAGAACAAGCCAAGGCUAAACAACUCAAGGAUGAUGUCAAAGAAGCUAAAGCAGCUGGAGCAGGAGAUAAAAAUGCAACGAAGAAGAUUGAGAAACAGAUCAAGGAUUUGGAGAAGAAACUUGAAAUGGAGACGAAGAAACAUGAGAGGGAAGCUAAGAAGGCAACAGAAUUUGAAGCAGAACUCAAGACAACUACAAAGGAUAGAGACUCGUUGAAGGAUGAGGUUGCCAAACUAACGGCUCAGAUAGCAUCUUUGGGCGUGGCUGCGGAGGAGGCGUUAGAACUCAAAGAGAAAUGUACCACUCUGGAGAAGGAGAAUAAGGAGCUACAGAAGGAGCUGAAGGCUGCCAAUGAAAACUACAAUAGCGAGAGGGUACUGAGAAAGAAGUACUACAACAUGGUCGAAGAUAUGAAAGGCAAGAUCCGUGUGUAUUGCAGAGCAAGGCCCCUCAGUGGUUCGGAGAAAGAAAGGGGCAAUUAUUCCAUCAUAAAAGCUCCCGAUGAAUACACGAUUGAUAUCACAUCAUCGAGAGGCAACAAGGAGUUCCAGUUUGAUCAUAUUUUCAUGCCAGAGAACACGCAAGCGGAUGUCUUUGAGGAUACUGAUCGCUUGAUCCAAUCAGCGGUGGAUGGCUACAACGUUUGUAUCUUUGCCUAUGGUCAAACUGGCUCAGGAAAGACCUUUACUAUGAUCGGAGACAAAGAACAGAAGUUCCCUGGUAUAGCUCCAAGAGCCUUCAAGAAAAUCUAUGAGCUUAUUGAAGAGAACAAAUCAAAAUUUUCAUUCCGUGUCUACUCGUAUAUGCUGGAGUUGUACAACGACAAGUUGAUUGAUCUCUACAAUAAAACAAAAGGAGAACCUCCCAAGUUGGACAUCAAGAAGGACAAGAAAGGUAUGGUCUACAUCAAUGGCUCUGUGAUCCAAGAGGCCGGGAACUCCAAGGAGCUCUAUGGUCUCUUUGAAGAGGGUUCAGCCAACAGGCACGUGGCUUCUACAAAGAUGAAUGCUGAAAGUUCCCGUUCUCAUCUUGUGAUUGGGGUCAUUAUUGAGAGUACUAAUCUCGGGACUGGAGCGGUAGUCAAAGGCAAGCUCACUCUGGUCGAUUUAGCUGGAAGUGAGCGUUCAGCAAAGACUGGGGCCACUGCAGAACAAUUGAAGGAAGCUAAUUCGAUCAACAAAUCUCUGAGUGCCUUGGCCGAUGUGAUCUCAGCGUUGUCAAGCGAGCAGUCCUUCAUCCCGUACAGAAACAACAAACUCACUAUGCUCAUGCAAGACUCCCUCGGUGGGAAUGCCAAGACGCUCAUGUUUGUCAACAUCUCACCCGCAGAUUACAACGCAGAGGAAACCGUUAUAUCUCUCACGUAUGCAUCCCGUGUGAAGCUCAUUACCAACGAUGCAUCAAAGAAUGCAGACAACAAAGAAAUAGCAAGACUUAAGGAUGUCAUUGCCAAACUCAAGAAGGGAGAGACAGUGGAUGAAGAAGAUAUGGAAUAGUGCAUUAAAAACAACUGAGCAACGUAGAAAGCUGAUUCAGAAGAAUUUAUGGGUGGGUUUGAAACUUCUUUCAAGUGAAGUAAUGUCAGUCCAACUGCAAGGGUAUCAUGAAAUGAGAACAUCGUGACUUGAGUCUAUUAGUUUAGACACACAUGUUCUUUGUAUGCCGAAGCCUACAAAAGCUGUUUGUGAGUUACGCAACAUUUUAUCAGGGAUUUGGGAAAUUCAUUCCACUUUAUUGAAAAACCGGAGGAAGGGAAGAGUUGCAAUACAACAACUGUGGGUGUGUUUCAGAAAGAGUUAAGUAAGAAUUCCUGAGGCACUCAUGAUUUGUUUUGGGUAAUCUUAUUUAUCAGUACGCAGCAUGAUUUGAUCAAUGCAACGAUGCCUUCUGUGCCGUGUGCAACUGGGAGUUUAAUUGUGACUCUAAUUCACACUUAAAUCUUUGUUACCCAUCAUAGUUUACACGUGUCCUUCACAGACAUGUAUGAGUGAUUGGCUCAA